AUGGCUGCCAUUGAAGUGAUCACAUCACAAGAGAGAGAAGUGAAAAUGAAAAAGAUCACAGGCGAACCCUAUACAAUACUUAUUCGGGUAUGGAAUGAAACUGUCAGCAAUUUGACACUUAUGGCAUUGGGUGAGACUUACUCAGCUUAUUUUUUGGGAUCAGGAUUGGGUACUGCCGAUCAGAACGAAACGAUUAUUAUAGGAGUUAAAUGUUUUCUUGCAGGAUCGUCAGCUCCAGAAAUUCUACUUUCUGUUAUUGAAAUAUUUGGCAACAACUUUGAAGCGGGUGAUUUGGGUCCGAGCACCAUUGUUGGAUCAGCAGCGUUCAAUUUAUUCAUCAUUAUAGCAGUUUGUAUUAAGGUGAUUCCAAGUACGGAAACUCGUCGAAUUCAGCAUGUGCAUGUGUUUUGGGUAACAGUGAUCUGGUCGACAUUUGCCUACAUUUGGCUUUAUCUCAUUCUUUGCUUCUUUAGCCCAAACAUAGUAGAGGUUUGGGAAGGUGUGCUCACAUUUAUGUUCUUCCCUUUGACUGUGCUCUCAGCUUAUGUGGCCGACACUUAUACUGGAAUCUUUGGACAACGGUAUGGAAUCUCCGCCUUUCAUCUUCAAAACUUAGCUCCUCCUCUGUGA